UGUGAAAAUUGCUGCAGCUGCUGCAGCCUUGCAGUGGAAAGUGUAAUAUUCCUUAAAAUAGUAGAAAAUAACUAAAAAUAUUCUAAAUAAAUUGUGAAAAAAUAUUUGAAAGUGAAAAACAGCGAAGAUUUGCUGAAAAGACAACGUAUAGGUGUAGUGAGUUAGGCAAGCCUAAAAGUAUGCAACGUUACUGCGACAUAUGUUAAAGAGUAACAGCGCACUUUUGCAUAACCCAAAGGCAUAGAGGAGUUCCGGUGCAAACGCACUCAACUUGCAACACUUGCCACUGUUUUUGAACAACGCUUCCAGCGUAUGUACGCCUUAGAAGUCGCUUGUUAGUGAGUUUCAAACUGCUGUCUUCGCCGUCAAUAUGCCCAGUUCACGACGCAUUAUACUUGGACAUGUUAUGUCCGGUUUGUGCUCCAAGAUGAACCGCACGAAGCCCGUGCCAGCGGAUGUCAUGGAGACGCCACUGAAGCGCUGCCUCAACACCUUUGACAUCACGCUGUUGGGCAUCGGGCACAUGGUUGGCGCCGGCAUUUAUGUGCUCACCGGCACGGUGGCGAAGGAUAUGGCCGGUCCGGGCAUAAUACUCUCCUUCAUCUUGGCCAGUUUCGUUUCACUGUUGGCCGCGCUCUGCUAUGCGGAGUUCGGCACACGUGUGCCCAAAGCGGGCUCGGCCUAUGUCUACACCUACAUCUCGAUUGGCGAGUUCUGGGCUUUUGUCAUCGGUUGGAAUAUACUGCUGGAGCAUAUGUUGGGUGCUGCCUCGGUGGCGCGUGCCUGGAGUGGUUAUGUGGACUCGAUGUUGGACGGUUGGAUUGGUAAUACGACGCUCGCCAUCACCGGUGAGCUGCAUGAGCAAUUGUUCGCACGUUAUCCCGAUGUGUUGGCCUUUCUGGUGUGUCUGGUUUAUGCUGCUGCUUUGGGGAUUGGCGUUAAAGCCACGGCCGUUUUCAAUAGCUUGUUGACUACUGUGAAUAUUGCCGUUAUGAUUUUGGUCAUCGGUGUGGGUUUCUGA